ACAAUGAGUGCUAAAUAUGGCCUAGUAGGGUACAACAGUUCGCGGAAGCACCUUUCAAUAUCGAUCCCGUCAUCCACAGAAGUGAUGUCUCCUCAUAUUAAGUCACUGGAGGAACUACGGGUUCUGGGAAUCAGCCUUAGCAACUACAGUACCCCUACACAGUUUUUCAUCUGUGUGGCUGGAGUCUUCUUCUUUUACCUGAUAUAUGGAUACCUACAGGAGUUAAUAUUUUCUGUGGAGGGGUUCAAGCCCUUUGGUUGGUAUCUGACUCUGGUCCAGUUUGGUUUGUAUUCUGUGUUCGGACUCAUGGAGCUUCAGCUGACUCAAGACAAACGCAGGAGGAUACCUGGGAAGACGUAUAUGGUCCUUGCCUUUCUAACAGUAGGCACAAUUGGCCUUUCGAACACGUCCCUGGGUUACUUGAACUACCCGACACAGAUCAUCUUUAAAUGCUGUAAACUCAUUCCUGUCAUGAUCGGAGGUGUAUUUUUACAAGGUAAACGUUAUAAUGUGGUCGACGUGUCUGCUGCUGUCUGCAUGAGUUUCGGACUCAUUUGGUUCACGCUCGCUGACAGCCGAGUGGCGCCCAACUUUAAUGUCACAGGUUUUCUCCUAAUUUCCGUGGCACUGUGUGCAGAUGCUGUUAUUGGAAAUGUGCAGGAGAAAGCCAUGAAACUUCAUAAUGGUUCCAAUUCUGAAAUGGUUUUGUACUCGUACUCCAUCGGCUUUGUGUACAUACUGACAGGGCUGACCUGUGUGGGCGGGCUGGGACCAGCAGUGGCUUUCUGUUCAAAGGAACCUCUGAAGACGUACGGUUAUGCAUUCCUUUUCUCUCUGUCGGGUUAUUUUGGCAUCUCCUUUGUGUUGGCCUUAAUUAAGCUGUUCGAUGCUCUGGUUGCUGUUACAGUGACCACUGGGCGGAAAGCCAUGUCAAUUGUUCUUUCAUUCGUGUUCUUCACCAAGCCCUUCACUUUUCAGUACAUCUGGGGCGGCCUUCUGGUGCUUUUUGGCAUCUUCUUGAAUGUUUACAGUAAAAACCGUGACAAAAUGAAGUUUCCCUUCAUCAAGGACCUCAGUAGAUGGCUGCUAACGGGGAAAAAAGUCCAACUUCAUUCACAAAAUGUAUGA